AUGCAAGAGGAUUUCUGCCCCAACGGAGCCCUGGCAGUCGAAAAAGGUCGCUCAAUCACACCAGUAAUCAACUCACUCCUCGCCCACCCCGGUUUCACAACUCGGGUAGCAACCCAAGAUAGCCACCCACCGGACCACAUCUCCUUCGCCGCGAACCACUCACCACCCAACAAUAUUCCUUUUGAAUCAUAUGUCACCAUGACCAAUCCCGCUCCGGGGAAAGAAACCGAGACGAAACUGCAGCGGCUCUGGCCCGUACACUGUGUCGCUGGGACUGAGGGGGCAUCACUUAUUCCCGAGCUCGAUUCGAAGCACUUUGAUGUACAUGUCAAAAAGGGAAUGAAUUCGAACGUGGAAAUGUACUCUGCAUUUUCAGAUGCAUUCGGGAAUCCGUAUGCUUCGUUGCCUGCUUCGGGAGAUGGAGGUGGUCGGGCGGUUGAUGUUGAUCUGGAGGCUGUUCUGAAGGAAAAGGGGAUACAGGAUGUGUUUGUUGUUGGGUUGGCAGGGGACUACUGUGUGAAGUAUACGGCGAUCGAUGCUGCCAAGGCUGGGUUUAGGUCUUUUGUUGUUGAGGAGGGGACAAGGUGCGUGGUGCAUUUGGGGUGGGAGGAGACGAAGCAGGAGUUGAGGGAUGCUGGGGUGGGUGUUAUUGGGGUUGAUGAGCUGAAAUUGCUAUGA